ACCGUUUCCAUUAGCAUCAUUUUUUUCUCACAUUGCUUAUUAGACUCUUGAAUCUUCAACGACUAAGCUAUUGGAAAUGAAUUUCGACCCGGUGUUGGAGGCCAAGUUCCCAGAUUUAUUCUCUGAAGACUCUGGUGUAAGGGACCGUGCUUUCGGUACCGUAAUGCGACAGAUUCAUUUCGCGAGACGGAAUACUUCAUCCAUGAUGCCUCUGCUCGAAUUAGUUUGGAGAAACAGAGGACAAAACGUUCCACUUGACACUGCCAAAAAAGUUAUCGAAAUCCUCAAAUUGCUUGCGGUGUAUAGCAUAGACCCAUCGUUUUUCGCUCACACUUGGGCAUCGAAAAUUGUCUUGGACAUCCUUGCUCAACAUGGGAUUCGUGAGCUACACGAUGCUAUUGAGGACUUGUUCAUCAAAUUCUCACAGGCCAUCUGCCUGAACAUGCAAUUGGGUGACAACAGGAUCAAGUGUUUCAUGGAAGAGAACUUGAUAUGUGUUUCUAUAGCAACUCUAAACAAGUUCAUUCCUGUUGAUGAUAAGAGCUUAUUGAGUGAAGGUCAAGCACUUUGCUUCAAGGCUAUAGUGGGAACUUUGUUGUGGAGCUAUAGCUCUGAGAGCAUUAAGGAAAGUGUUGUGUAUUGGGUUGGUCAAGUUCUCGAACAAGGUCAAGGUGAAUUGAUUCAUGUCAAUUUGUUAAACAAGGUACUUGAACGUACCAACUCUCAGACCCAUACAAGAAUUUUUGUCAUAAUGCUUACGGGUAUUGUGAAGGUUUUAGAAAAGGCUAAAAAUACAAGGGAUGUACCACUCUGCAUGCGUGCUUGUGCAUUUUUGACUAACCUUUUGACCAACUCAUAUCUCAUGGAUUACCAUCACAAUCUUCUUGUUCAAAACCCAUUUCGUGUUGCUCGACUUUUCAUCACUCCAGAUUCUGAACUUGUUGUUCCUGGUGAUAAAAUGAUGAAAGAAAAUGUGAAGGUGUCCUUGUCAGCUCUUCAGAAGCUUCGGGAAAUUCUUGAAGAGUGCCACUUCGGAUCCAGCCCUGAAUUUAUCGAUAGUGUCUCUGAUGCCUUGUUAGUACUCGAGUCAACUCAAUGUGAUGAACUUGUGAAGUGUGCAUUUAAUAAUCAAGGAUAGAUGAGUUGCGAGGCAGGUUUGGUGUUUAGACUAUGGAGUAUAGGGUUUAUAGACUAGUACUACUACGUACUGUCUUGGUUUUUUUCUUGUUUAUUAGAAAGAAAGUGAGGUGGAAAAAUAAGAGUUGGGAUUGAUGGACUUAUGGUUAUAUCGUUUUGUUAUGUUAUGUUUUC